CAAGGAUUGAACUCACAACCCUGGGUUUAGCAGGCCAAUGCUCAAACCAUUGAGCUAUUCCUCCCCCCAUGGAAGCUGAGCUCUUUGAACGCUGGCCUUGUAUGGCCCCCCUCAAAGAGAGGGGUCUCCGUGGGACACUGGCUCCAGGCGGGUGUGGGGGGGACUCUGCUGUGUGUGAGGGCUGGGCCGUGAAGCUGUAUGUGGAGGGCUGGUAUCACCAUGGCUUUGAGCCACCCCUGGGCCCAGGUGUGGCUGUGUCUCAGCUCUCCCAGUGGCCCUGCAGCCCCGAUCCCGGCCUGGUUUCACUUCCAUCUCUCUGACGACAGUGAGACGCCCACAGACUCCGCUCCUCGGGGGUGGGUGGGAAAUGACGCGGCCACUGGUGGUUGGGCGCGUUCUGCGCUCUGACCGAGGGGCCAUCCCGACCCAGCCGCCGCUGAACGAGGCUCUCUGUAAGAUUGGCUCAGAGCCGUAGCUCCCGGGGGCUCGGCCCAGGGGAGGCAGCAGGAUUUGGCAUCGUUCUGGUGAGUUGACUGGUGCCCCCACGUGCGAAAGCCUCGUGUCCCGACGCCCGGGCGCUGCGAGGGGUUGAUGGAGAAUCUGCGCCGGCUCUAGGUGAGCAGCUCCACUGCCACUUUCGGGGUUGUCACUCUGCCCUGCUCUGCUGGCCGCCGAGGGCUCUGCUCUCAGGAAUCCCCUCCCCGGGCAGGUGUCCCUCACCGCUUCGUGCGGCUGACCCGAGUGGAUCCAGCGCCGCCGGGCUGCCCUUUGCCAACCCCUUCCCGGCGUCUCCCCGUCUGUGCAGUGCAGAGCCCAGCCCUGGACGCAGCACCCAGUGAUGGUCACACCCAGCUCUCCCCGGCUGGGGGCUUGGCUCUGUAGGGCGGCUGCAGGACAUCUCUGUUACCUGGCGCCCUUGGCACCGUGGCCAGGCCCUGCACCCAGGGUGGGCACCACAGGCUGGUCUCUCGCUGCUGGAACCAACCAGGUGUGAGUACAGAAUCUGCCGGGCGUCUCCCUGCCCUGCGAGAGCCCGGAGCCCUCGGAGACCCAGCAGCCGCCCCAGGGCUUGUUACCAGCCCAGGAUGUGUCGCAUGCUGCCCAUCUGGCUCGUCCUCCUCGGCUGCCUCCCGCUGCAAGGGUCAGAGGUCCGGGUGCACCAGCCACCGGAGCUGAGGGCCUCCCUGGGGGGCUCCGUGCUCCUGAACUGCACCUUCUCCGCCGCCCCAAAGGCCUCCAAGCUGGCGGUGACCUGGGUGCGGAGCACACCCGGUGGCAGUGGGGAGGUGCAGAUCUACCCCCCGCACCACCAGGUCACCGAGCUGCGCAGCCGCGUUGCCCUGGACUCGGGGCGCUUUCGGCACCAGCGGGACGCGUCCCUGCACCUGGCCAACCUCACCCAGCACGACGCUGGGCUCUACCGCUGCUUCAUCUGGACCUCGGCCACCAGCAGCCAUGCCGGCAACGGGACUGAACUCAGCGUCCUGGGGGAGAGACCAGGAUCUGGGGUGCAGCACUGGGCAGCCUGUGGCCCCCUGGGAGUCCUGGCGCCUAUCCUGCUGGUCCUGCAUGCCAUGGUGUGCCGGGAGUGCCAGGGCCUGUGGCACCGUCGGAGGCACAUGAGGUCUGGUGCCCAGGGACAGGCUGGGGACCUGCAAUCACAGCCAACCCUUGGGCUGGCAGGGAAGGACGGAGCCCCCUGACCCCUCUGAUGGCUGGUCGGCCGCAGGGCACCAUCCCCUCCGCUCCAGGGCCCUCUUGUCCCCAGGGUCCCCUCCCUUGUUCCCGUGCAGUCGGCUGGGGGACAGCAGCGGCCGUGGAGGGAACCCCCAGGGGCCCCUGGCAACCUGCGCCCUGGAAAGGAGAGGAGGUGCCCGAUGUGAGGUGGCUGUGAGAUGAGGGGCCCGGGACGUGCGGAGGCUCUUUGGGAACCCGGGGGCCCAGCAGCUCUCGCUCCCCCAGGAGAGCAUUGAGCAGACGGUGCACAGGCUCCAUGUGGGCGAUGCCAUUCCCGCCACAGCCACACAGCCCCGCCGCAUGGUGCAGGGCCUGCGACCAGCAGCUCUCGCCCCCACAAGCCACAGCCCCAGAGCGCAGCCCGGCCUCCCCGCGUGGUCUGCAGCCUGCAGGGGAGCCUGUCUCUGCCGGGGGAACUGAAACAGCAGCCACAUCUGCUCGCAGGGCCGGGAACAGCUCAGGGCUGAAAUAGCAGCCGAGGGGCACUGCUGAGGUCUGCCACGGCUGCAACCCCAGCGCUACGGGACGGACCGGGGGUCUUUGCAUCCUGUCAGGGCUGGAUUGCCAGUUAGGCACAGGAGGCACGUCCUAGGGGCGCCGGCAAAAGUUGCCAAGUACGUGCUCUGCUAGCCCAGCUGGGCUAUAUUCCGCUGUCCAUUGCUGCGGUUUUUUAGCAGUUGUGCACUGCAGCA